AUGAAGUGCUCCGAAGAAGAAUGCUCGACUGACAUCUCUCCCGAGUUCCUUCUCGUUGACGGCUUCGCUUUCAAAGACGAUACAAAGACAAUUGUUCCUGAUGUAAUCACUUUCAGAUCAAGGAUGAGACUGCUAUCAUUUGUGUUGUUUCUGAUCAGCAUUAUUGCAGUGUCGGCACAAUGGGGAUGGGAAAUGGAAAGAUUCGGUAGAUUCGGUCCUCCUCCACCACCACCACCACCACCACCUCCUCCUCGAUUCGGUGGAUUUGGAGGUAGUAACUAA